AGACCCACUCUUGGUAGCAACCCAAUUCUCGCCCGCCCAUACUCGCGGCAUUGCAGUCCUCUGGAUCUCGCAAUGGGCGUCAGCAACGUGUUCUCCCUCCAGCCCACAUUCACACAAGGCCUGAUCAUCGGACAACUGUCAAUUCUCAUCCUUCUUGCAUUCAUUCUCAAAUACCUCUUCCUUGACUCCCCACAAAAUCCUUUCCAAACGUCACACUACAACGACCACCGGUUUGAUGCCCAUCGGCCCGUUCGAAAACAAAACCUCUCUUCGACAGGCGGCGUGGAAGACAGAGAAGGGAUCGAGUCUGCAGAAUGGUUUAAUAUGUUGAUGCACCAGGUUACCGACAUUUACCGUGCCAAACUGAGGAAUGGGUUCUCGGGGCUAGACGGCGACGACCAUGCGCGAGUGCACGUCGAAAACUACGCGAAUAAGAUGCGCCCGCAAGGAUUUUUGGACUACAUAGAAGUCAAGUGGGUCGACUUGGGUGUGUCUGCCCCUCGGCUUUCCAACGCUCGUAUAAAACGCCAAAAAUGUUCCGAGCCGCUUUCGGAAGUUGAGUUUGAGGUGUCGUAUACCGACACGGUCUCUCUGGAGAUAUCCACAUCGUACCUGGUCAAUUACCCGAUGCCUGCCUUCGCUCGAUUACCCAUCUCGUUAACCAUCUCUCUUUCGCAAUUCAAGGCCUCGAUGGUUGUGACGCCGCCUUCACCUUCAGCCGAAUCUCCGGCAGUUACCCUCACUCUCUUACCGAACUUCACGCUGGACUUGACCACAACGUCGCGGAUGGGCAGUCGUGUGGAACUGGUCAACGUUCCGAAAUUGCAUGAGCUGAUUCAGCAUCAAGUACAUCGGUCCCUUGCGUCUCAAAAACCUUGGCGAGUGGUCCUCCCCGGGCUGUCCACUGCCACGGAAGUCCGACAUGCUCUGAAGGAAGUACAAGUCAAUCCAGCAUAACAGUCCGUUGGACCUGUAAUUUAUCUGUAUUAAGCUCAUAGUAAUCACUGCUUUUGUAUUAUUGUUGACUCAAAUGCCCAACUCGUCCAUCCAGAGCUCCAUCUUCGACACGGCAUCUGAACUCUCCAAGUCUUCGCACUCUAACAAGCUCACAUUGGGAUCCUGCGAAAGGCGAUUGGAGUUCUGGUUGAGAUGCUCCAGGUGCAUCUUCGAAGUCAAAAGGGCGAUUGGGAAUUUGGGUUCGAAAUUGAACUCGGGGAACUCGGUGGGGAGCAACUUCGGCGAGACCUGGGCGUUGUUUGCCGGUAUAGUGCCGGAAAGUAUCAUCGCAGAAACGGGAUUGGACGAGAUGUACGCUUGAGCUAUCAGAGCAGCCGCAGAGCGGGCAUACAGAACAGGCGGAAAGAAAGAGGCGUGCCCUGACAGCCGGAAAGAGGUCUUGAGGUCUAAGGUUAUCGCCGUCAAUGUCGUGUAGUGAGAGCUCGACCCUUGAUCACCGUUCAUGAAGUGCUUGAUCACCAAGCUUGAGUCAUGCGCCGUGGAGGACUCAGGGCUGGACAAGUCGCAAUGUACGCAGGUAAAUCCUUUGCUGGAAAACAUGGUCGUCAGAAGGUCGAUCCUGAGCUGUUUUAGCACAGGCAUAAGAUCAGAUGAGAGCUUGCCCUUGAUGCGAGUCGGGAUCCCAGUCUUGGGCUGAUACAAAAAGUAGCGGCGUGGGGACCUCGCGAGGGCAAGAUGCAUCCGGCAGUCGGACCAAAGUUGAGGACAGACGAAUCCGACCGGCGAAGUAAAGAGCUCGUGAGUUUCUGAAGGACAACAUUUACAGUAUAAGCUUGGUGAGAGGUAGGCACAACCACAGCUCAGGAAUUGAGAAGAGUUGGAAUGGACUCUGCCACGAUUUUGCAGGGUGGCCGGACUUGUGGUU